CGUGCUCUGUACACUGGCCAACAGCCCAGAUCGCCACUUAAACUGGUCCACGCGCAAUCUAACCAUUCAAUGCAAUCCUUCGUUUCGACAGUAGCGCCGCCAUCAGCGCGUCCAUGUCUCGUAUAUAAGUAUACUCCCAACCACGGCCUCUUCUCCUCUGUCUAUUGCUUUACUCUGCAUUCAUCUACUCUCCUUUCCUAUCGUUCACGAAGGCAGCGGCCUUAUUCCUUCUUUCGACACUCGUUCCCUUCUCAUAAAAUUCCAUCUUCCAAGCAAGCUAAGUAGGAAAAGCAUAGCAGCCAGCUGAACAGCAAAGAUGUGUGGCGGUGCCAUAAUCUCCGACUUCAUCCCUUCCCGCAACCACCAGCACCGCCGCCGCCGUAACCCUGACAACCUCCUCUCCGCGUCUGACCUCUGGCCCAACUCCGACGCACCCCUCCAUGUCCCUGCUCAGGACAAAGUGCCUCGGAAGCGGGAGAGGAAGAACCUGUUCAGGGGGAUACGGCAGCGACCCUGGGGGAAGUGGGCAGCGGAGAUCCGCGACCCCGUGAAGGGCGUCCGCGUCUGGCUCGGCACCUUUGCCACAGCCGAGGAGGCCGCCCGCGCCUACGACCGCGAGGCCCGUCGCAUCCGCGGCAAGAAAGCCAAGGUCAACUUCCCCAACGAGGUACAGCCCGGCGAGGCCGACCAGUCCGUCCCCUGUAACCUCGCCCGCACUUCCAUGGAACCCAAGCUGGAAAAAGCCCCUGCCUUGGCGGACGGCGGCGACGCCGAGGUGAGGAGGCUGUCGGAGGAGCUCAUGGCUUACGAGUGCUACAUGAACUUCUUCGGGAUCCCGUACAUGGAGGGCGGAUCUGCCGCCGAAGCAUCGUUAGCGCCGGACAAGGAGCCGGAGGCGGCGCUGGUGGGGAUCACAGGGAGUGCAACGGAAGUGUGUAACCCGCCGGUCUCCUCGGGCAUGGAGAUGCUUUGGAGCUUUGAGGACAUUCUGCCAACAUCAUAUGGUCCGUAAUAUAUGAUUACUGUCAUCUCUUCAAGCGCUGUGUUGUACAUUUCAUCAUCUCUGAGGUUUGUUGUGGUUCUUCCGAGUCGGUAAGAGUAGGAUUUCAGGAUACUACUGUUCCUGCUCUGUUGGUUGAUCUGUUGUCGCUUUUGUGUUAGAGACUCUUCCAUGUGAUCUUUCAUUAUUCCCAAGUCAAGGAAUUGCUGCA